CAAAAGGGAAAGGAUGAAAGAACCGGACGCGGAUGGGAGUGGCCCCAUCGUACGGCCCCAGGAAGCAUCAAUGGCAACACGGGAAGUGCAAACGCAGCAGACGGAGAUAGCGGCUUCGAUUGUUCGCUCCAGUCUGGCCGAGGUAGAAACCCAAGCAUCCGCGAUGCUGAAUCAUCUCGAGUACGUACGGGCCGGACAGAAGCAGCAACCGUCACCAUCCCGCCAACCGCCGAGCAGAGAUUCGUCCGACGAAUCACCGACACCAUCGUACGGGCUUGAUCCACAGAAGAAACCACACACCGAGGUUCUGGCGUCGCUAGAACUGCUGCUAACGAAUUUACUGGCGGAGGACGAUGCCGGUCCGGAACAGCAAGAGUUUGUGCUACCCCCGCUGGACGAAGCCUCGCAUCUGGCUAUUCUACAACACUCGACCGCUGCCUAUCUGAGUGCGCUGGAACGGCAUCAGCUGGCAAGGGUUGUAUCGCGGCUCGCAACCGACACCGUCCGAUGGCUCGGUGGACUGUUUAAGUUCACCGAAAGUAGCGCCAACUACUGCCGGGAUGAUGCAGAAUGUACGCUGCAAGCGAUCCGGCUCGCCCUAGUCCACCAACAAGGUGAGGCACGAGCGGAAGCCCGCCCACCACCAUCCUCCCAGACGAUCUAUUUGGCCGAACUGAGCCAACUGUUUACGGUGCAGCAUGCGUGCCGGUACCUAGGACUACCACUGUCCUGCAUACGUGUCGUGCCGUGCCAGCGGGCGGAAGAUGCGCCGGAUCGGUGCGGUGGACGGAUGGAUCUCCAGCAGCUAAACCACAUGCUCACGAUGGAUGAGGCGGCCGGACGGCAACCGCUAUUGCUGAUCGCUACCAUCGGCAGUCCGCUUACCGGCGUGUCGGAUGAUUUGCAAGUGCUCGGUUCGAUUUGUACCGCACAGCGCAUCUGGCUCCACUGUCAGGGGCUUGGAUUGGCCGGGCUGGCCGUUGCAGCCACCUGGCUGGGCAAGUCGAAACGGGUACCCAACUCAAUGACGCUCAGCCUUAACAGCUGGCUCGGUUUGACCGGUGUACCGUCCGUGCUGGUGCACAAAGCACGAACACUCACCGCCAAACCGAGCACCGUUUUCGACAGUGACCCGAUCCUGUCCAACCGUGUGUCGUGCUUGAGCGUUUGGUCGGUACUGCAGGCGCUCGGUGCGGACACUGUGAUAGAGCGCAUCUUUUCCGCAUUCGACUCCUGCCAGGCACUUGGCAAAAUAUUGCUUCAAUUCGAAGGAAUCAACGUACUGAGCAAGAUAGCGGUUAAUGACUCGAGUGAACAGUAUCGGCAAUAUCUAGAAAAUUCUGCAAAUUACGAUGUUCUGUUCGAUCAAAGUAUACCGGUGCUACUGUUCCAGUUUGAUGGACACACGGACAAGCAGAACCGAACGGAACCGGAUUCCGAACCACAGGCAGCGACAAAAACGACAGCAACGAAUACGACCUCUCCAACACCACCAGCAGACGCAGAGCCAAAACACGAUCCACAAAACGUUGAGAAAAACGCAUCCAACGCCCAGUACUACGAUCGCCUUAACAGCUGGCUCGGGCAGAUUCUGCUGCGUGACUGUGGUCAGCUAGGUUUGGAAAUGAUCGAACACGAACAGCACGGUAUCUGCAUCCGGUACUGUCCGUUCGUGCCCGGGUACGGUGAGCAGAUGCCACGGCUAACGCCGGAUAUGGUCGCCGCGUUUGCCGGUUGCAUCGAAACGCAGAUCGAGAUACUGCACUCGACGAUACGGCACCGGGCACGGUUCCAGCAGCUGGUAGCGGAGAGUGGUGUGCUGCGGUUGAUCGAGCUGCACGAUUGGGCCGGUCUCGGCGGGGUGUAUUACGUGCCGGAAGGGUGGGAAACGUUGCUAACCGAUCAGGCAAAGGGCGAGCUGAACAAGUUGAAUACGGCGCUGGUGGAAGCGCUGCAAGCGACCGAUAGUGCAUUUUCUCACGCCGAAAGCAGCGACGGGUUGAUCUGUGUUAGAUUUGGCAUGGUAACGAGCGAAACGGAUGUGGAGGAGUUGCUAGACCUGGUGGUACACACAGCCCGCGUAGUGCAGGAAAAUUCCAAAAUCCUUGACACGAUGUCCGAAAUCCUAAAGAAAGGCAUCGAGGCGGCCACGAUCGAUCUACAACGCGAGGCAGAGGAAAAACUGUGGCAGGAAGGCAUACUGCGACAGGUGCCUCUGGUUGGGCGUGUCGUUAAUUGGUGGUCACCGCCGGCAAAGGAAACUGGCAUGAAGGGUCGCAGCCUUAACCUGACGCAGGGUGUCGUCGAGAGUACGGAAAACAUUUACAAGUACCAUAUGCAGAUGACACCGAAAACGUCCCAUCAGCUACCGGGCAACAAGGGUCCACCGGCACCACUGGUACAGAAAGCAAUCAAUGCUGAUCCGGACGAACGGUCCGUACAACAUUCGCGCAACGCUAGCUCGAGCAGUGAACUGUCCGGUACUGGGUCGGCUAAUCGUACCACUGCGACCAUUCCCGCGCUUGGAAAAACACCCAACUCGCCAACGCAGCCUCCCCAAUCGCCUCCUCCUGCUUCUGUCGCUCCGUCAACCACGAAGCCUUCAACACCGUCGAAUGCUGCAACCGUACAGCCCGUUGCUGAACCACAGUUUACAUCGACUCCGGACGGUGGUGGUGGUGCUACAACCGAACCUUAG